CAUUCAGAGAUCGCUCGAGGCGCAACUUGUCUGAUACGCAUGGACGGAGACCAAACAAUCAUAACUAAGCCUAGUUUGGCUGGCCAACCAAAGGAAGAAGAUACAAAAGCCUUUACAUUUGAUCGGUCGUACUGGUCAGCCGAUAAGAAUGAUCCAAAUUUUGCAACCCAAAAGACAGUUUACAAUGAUCUUGGGCGUGAAUUACUCGAUCAUGCGUUUCAUGGAUACAAUUGCUGUAUUUUUGCGUAUGGCCAGACUGGUUCAGGAAAAUCAUAUUCAAUGAUGGGUUAUGGAAAAGACAAGGGCAUCAUUCCACUCACCUGCUCAGAACUGUUUGAUCGAAUCGCAGAAUCAACCACAGAUGUCUUGAGUUUUCAAGUAGAGGUUUCCUACAUUGAAAUUUACAAUGAAAAGGUACGAGAUCUCCUGAAUCCAAGCAACAAAAGCAACCUUAAGGUCAGAGAGCAUCCAAGUCUUGGUCCAUACGUCGAAGAUCUCUCUCGUCUUGCCGUGAAAUCAUUUGAAGACAUUAGCCACCUGAUGAACGAAGGAAACAAGGCACGUACUGUUGCAGCCACAAACAUGAACGAGACAUCUUCUCGUUCUCAUGCCGUCUUUACAAUAUUCCUAACCUCAGCACGCUAUGAUGAAACAGCCAAACUUUCAACCGAAAAGGUUGCUCGUAUAAGGUGUGUAGGGAAGGUCAUUCCUAUCUUAAUAUCAAGUCUUGUAGACUUGGCAGGAAGCGAGCGCGCCGAUAGUACAGGGGCAACAGGCAUGCGUCUCAAAGAAGGUGCCAACAUCAACAAAUCCCUGACUACGCUUGGCAAAGUCAUCUCUAGUCUAGCAGAGCAUGGGGACACCAAGAAAGGGAAAAAAUCAAAGGAAGCAUUUGUUCCUUAUCGUGAUUCUGUGUUGACAUGGCUGCUAAAAGAUUCGCUUGGUGGUAAUUCAAAAACGGCCAUGAUUGCUGCAAUCUCGCCUGCAGACUACGAAGAGACGCUGAGUACGCUGCGCUAUGCUGACCAGGCCAAGAAGAUCAAGAACAAGGCCGUCGUGAACGAAGAUCCGAACGCAAAGUUAAUACGAGAGCUCAAGGAAGAGCUCCAGGCAUUGCGAGAUACCUUGAUGGUGUAUGCUCCGGAUGAGGUCGAUCGGAUUAUCGUAUUCACAGAUGCAUCAGGACACACACAGCAUCUCACUAGAGAAGAAGUCGUCGAUCAGCUGCAGACAGCUGAGAAACUAUUGAACCAGGUCAACCGAACAUGGGAAGAAAAACUCCAUUCAACAGAGACAAUCCAUCAGGAUCGGGAAAAGGCACUCGAAGAGCUGGGGGUGAUGGUCGAGAAGAACAACAUGGGUGUGUAUACGCCAAAAUCAGUCCCACACCUAGUGAAUCUCAACGAAGACCCAUUAAUGACCGAAUGUCUUGUGUAUCAGCUUAAGCCCGGAAAGACACGGGUGGGCCGACUGGACAGCACUAUUCCAGCCGAAAUUCGACUGAGCGGCCCAAAUAUCAAAGACAAUCACUGCUUUUUUGAACACAAUGACGGCAUAGUGACACUAUACCCCGAUGAAGGAUCCAUGACCAUGGUUAAUGGAAUGCGUAUAUCGGACUCAAAGCGACUCCACAGUGGCUUUAGAGUAAUUUUGGGGGACUACCAUGUAUUUCGUUUCAACCAUCCUGAAGAAGCCCGCCGAGAGCGUGACCUACAGCAGCGCACGACUGGCAGCGCAGCAGGUCUUGAGCCUGGAAGCUCCCAGGCUCUUGAUAUGAUGUGCAGACCGGUGUCACCCAGUGCGUCGUCAAUGCGUGAGAUGGCACAGAGCCCCGAGGUUGUCGAUUGGGGGUUUGCACGCAGGGAGGCAGUAUUGAAUUACUACAGUGCCGAAUCUAACCUGGGUGGACUCACAGACGAAGAUCUUGAAAAGCUAUUUGACGAUGUUUUUCGGAUCCGCCAGAGUCGUAAAAAGCGAUUCGACGGACGAUCAGAAGCUGAUCCGGAUGACGAGACAUUGUCGAGAACAUCAACCUCGUCAUCUGCACGCCCAAGCCAUGGGCAGUCGACAGUGUUUGGAGAAGAUCAAUCGGUGUCUUCGCUUUAUCUCGACACAAGCACAAUGACUCCAAACCGUGAUGAUCUGUUGCGUCAAGUCAAAGAAGAAAUGCAACAGCAAUUGGAUUUGCAGAAACAGGCCUUUGAAGAAAAGAUCAAGCUUUUGGAAUCUGUUCGAGCAGAGAUGGAGAGAAUGAUGGACCAGCAACGGUAUGCGUACGAAUCCAAAAUCAAACGGAUCGCUAUGCAUCUUCCACCAGGGACCUCGUUGCAGUCCCCUACACUUCCAUCAGUUGCAACCGAGCAUGAGACGAUAUUGAUCUAUCAAACGUUUUUGAAAUGGAAGUCUCUGAGAUAUGUGUGGAUGGCCGAAACAAUCAUGUCUCAUGCGGCACUACUCAAAGAAGCUAAUGUGAUUUCAAAAGAACUAAACAAGAAUGUAAUCUACCAGUUCUUUGUGCUCCAUGACCAUGCGUCUGUAAACCCUGUUUCAUUUUGGGAAUCCGGAUCAGAACUACAGCCAAAAGGAGGAGGACGCUUAUCACGUCUGUCUAGCGAAACAAUGCCUUGUGUUGGCGUGCUAGUGGUAGACCGAAAGCAUGAAGUUACAUAUGUGUGGUCUAUUGAGGAAACACAAGCUAGGCUGGUACGCAUGCGUAGCUUGUAUGAUUUUACCGAACGCCCGCUUGAGAACAAUGAAUCUUUGACAGAACAGCAAGAUCCUUUCUAUGAAUCACCCUGUCCACGAUACUCGCUUUUGGGAUUGGCCAAGGUACCUAUUCAAAACCUAGCUUUCCAGGUACCAGUCGAGAGCAUGGUUGAUGUAGUGUGUCGCCACUCGGGACAUGUUCUUGGUCAUCUCAGGGUCCUCAUUACUCCUAUUGCCAGAUCAAUGGCACGUCGUGCGGGUAACAGCCAGCUCACACUACCUCUGUCUCGUCAGAGCUCGCGUGACUCGCAUCAAGAACGAUUCUUGCAUGUUGGCCAGCAGCAAGUAUUCGAAGUUCGAAUCAUCUCACUCGACGGUCUGUCUGAAUCGGACGCCACACAAGUUCAUGCCCAAUUCCGACUUUCUUCAUUUGGAAACAUCGAACCCAAUUCACCUGUUGACAGGAUUUACGCUACUGAUCCGAUCAGUGGCUUUGGUACUCUGCCUAUUGACUUUCAUUAUGCCCAGACACUCUCUACCACUGUUACGGCAGACAUGCUUGAGGUUAUAACGACCAAGACCUUGACGGUUGAAAUCCAUGGCCACCUACAAUCGCAUUUUUUACGCAACAUGGUACAGCAGAGUGUUGAGCGUGAAGAACUUGCUUCGCCUGUGGCCACCCGACCGCGUAUGACGCUUGAACCAAUACCUCCUGCUCACAGCCGCAGACCAUCUGACAGUCCAGAGGAUGGGCAAAUACGCGAAGAGGUGCAUGAUAUUGUUGCCUGGGUAAAGAUAUGUGAGCUGGAGGCAGAAGGAGAAUAUGAACCGGUGCGGGUAGUGUACGACAGCAAUAACAACAAUCCAAAAAAGAGUGAUGGAGGAGGGGUUUUUAGCUUGCGACAAGGUCUCCAGCGUCGGAUCUCACUUUCACUUAUGCAUGCGUCUGGAAGGAAAUUGCGGUGGGAGGCAAUUGAGGAGAUGUCGAUUGGUAAUGUGCGGUUACUAAAUUCCAAGGGACAGGAGAUAGCGCCUGCUGUCCACUCAGACGUGCCGGUGUACUUGUUUGCUGAACAGGAGCUGGUCUAUCACAGCAACGGUACGAGUACCUUAUCUGCGCAGGGACCUUGGGAUAGCUCGCUUCAUAACUCCUUGUAUUUGAAUCGUGUCAGUCCAGACAACCAACUGGUGUUGCUGAGUCUGAGCUGGAAAGUUAACUGUAGUUCACAGUGCACAGUGCCAAUCAAGUUUAGCAUGGAUCUGGCUGUGAUGAUCCAGGAACGCGAUGCUAGACUGACGGCCGCCGUGUUUUCAUUUUUGCGGUCUCAGCGUAUUCUACGUAAGAUGAGUGCUAUCUUUGUACUCAAGCUUCACCCUCCGAUGUCACGCAAACUCAAGGAUUUGUGGCGUCUAAAUACAACACACCGAUAUGUACGUGGUGAGGAGCUGCUUGGUCCGUGGCGCCCAAGAGGUGUUUCGCUUGUCCAUGAGUAU